CCAAAGUAGAAGGAACAAAAGUCGGUCAGAAAUACAAAAACAUUCAGUCAUGAAGGCUUCACGUCUCCUCCUGCUGAUCUUCAUCUUCCAAGGAGGAAGAAGUGGUGAUGGAGAAACAUUCUGUACAGCACAGCGAGGAUCCAUCAUUGUAGAGGAGAAGGGAUCAGUGACUAUUCCAUGUAACUUCACCUAUCCAGAGGAGUACAGAUCUGGAGACGUGAGAGUGUUCUGGAGAAGAGGGCUGGAACGUUGUGGGAACGGAGAAUUCAUAUAUAACCAGACAAAAGGCACCAUACAUACAAACUAUACAGGAAGAAUCUCAUCGGAGGAGAAAAAUAAGGAAAAGGGAACCACAGCCAUAACAAUCCGGAAUCUAAGGAGGACGGAUGGUCCCAUGUUCUGCUGUAGAAUAGAAAUAUAUAAAGGGUCUAAAUACAUAGAUGGCUGGCACAACCGUCCCGGAACACAAAUACUGUUCAAAGAUGAAUUUUCAGUACAACAGACGGAUGUGGUUCCCGCCAUUAUUGGAGAAGACAUCACUAUACCAUGUUUAGUUCACUAUAAAGAUCCUAAUAUUAUAGAAGAAGUCACCUGGUCUGCGGGGAGCAGUGAUCUGUGUGUUGAGAAUAAUGAGUUAAUUGAGAUGCGGUAUAAGUCACCUAUUACAGGACGAUUGUCGGUAGUGAAUUUUCCUCAGGAUCUCUCAUUAAGAAUAAAUAAGGUGACAUCCGAUGACAUCAAGCAAUACUGCUGCAAAGUGAGGACAAAACUACGGGGUAACAAUGGAGUAUCACCCAUACACAGCACACAGGUCAUACUUGCAGCAGAAUCUAAAGAUUCGAAACCUAAAGUUGAGCAACCAAAGACAACCUCGCCUGACCAAGACGGCUCUGCUACCCUCAGCUGCUCAUACCAGUCAGAUACUGACCCUCUGUGGACUGCAGUUUUCUGGAGAGCGGGUGGCCCGGGGGGCAUCUAUGCCUAUCACCCCCUACCAGUGAUGGUUGACCCCAGAUACAGAGGAAGGACGGAGCUGAGAGGAUCGACUGAUCUCCAUAUAAAGGGGGUUAAUGAUGCCGAUAAUACAACAUAUUACUGCUUUGUGAUGCUCCGGUUCUGUGUCGGGAAUAACAUUCGCCCAAUAAUUCGGUAUGGAAGUGGGACCAGACUACAUGUAAAUAGUGCAGUUAAUAAUAAUAAUGUUAGUCCUGAUGAUACCAUGACAUGGCUAUACGUAUUAGCCGCUGUCCUCGCUGUCAUUAUUUUAUUUGCUGUAGUCAUCAUCAUCUUAAAGAAAAAAGGUGUCGUUUGUCAGAAACAUAGUGGAAGGGAAGAUGUAAAAUAUCUGACCUCAGACGUUGCAUUAAGAGACCGGAAUACUUCUAACAAUGAGCAAAUACAAAGGGUGAUCUCCAGUCCUUCUCCACCGGUUGAAGAGGAUACCGGGGGAAUUCUUUACGCGCAUCUAAACGUGUCCUCCCUGCAACAGAAGACAAGCCAAGAGAGUAAGGGGAAAACACCAGACGAUGAUGCCCAGGUUCUGUACGCUGCCGUCAAACCCACCACACCUCCCCAAGAUAUAUAUUCUACUGUUCACAAAUGAAAUAUCACAGAUGGGAGGGAAAUGUACAGAUACGAGUCUAAAUAAAGGGACUAAAUAAAGAGACUAGAUGAGACGGUCAAUCCAGGUUCCUACCUUUUCAUGAAGUCCUUGGAAGUUCUACUCCUUGGGAAUGUUUUUAAGUUUUUCCCAUUUUUUAUAAAAAAUAUAUGAAAAAAUAUUUCUUAAAAUAAAUAUUGAAUGUUUAUGGCAGUCCAACACUAGGAGGUUUUCCUAGAAGAAGAGUCUCUCAUCUAGCUAGGAGCAACAAUAUGAAGUCUGAGGGCCCCAACAGGUCCAUACAUAUCUUGACAACCAUUGAUUUCAGUGGACACUGGGUAAUGCCUUAUUUGUAACGUAAUGGGACACCGAAUUGAUGCUUCCAGGUUCCUCCACGGUUUACAGCUGAUUGCUUGGGGCCCCUGCAGCAUCCCAUAACACAGACAGUAGAUGGACUUUUCUAAACAAAAAAUUAUUGUUAAAACCCCUCGAUGAUCACGUAGAUUACAAUGAAGUUAUGAAGAAAUUAUGAACAGUCCAAUGACCAUUCUUAUCGAUUAACGAGUCAGUGGUGGAACUGGAGGGUCCGCCAUUAGUUUUUCUCCUUUCCAACUCUGGAACCAAUUUGGACCUAAUCCCUCUCUGUAUCUUCUAUGGCUAUUUGUUAUUCUUUUUAUUCUUAUAAAUAAUACAGAGAUGGCUUAACUGGAAAAUUAUGGUAUUGGAAUCGAACAUGUGUAAAAUCAUCUAGACACCUCUUCAAUUGGUUUUGUUAACCUAGUACUUGGCAAGAACUAGUUGCGGGUUCUUUGGAACAUAAUGAUUCUUAUCAUCGGCCUAGUGCCCAAAGACAUUGCAUGGUGUUAUAAGGACCAAGAAGUGAGAGUGUACAAUGAACUUAUACUCUAUGUAUAGUCUGUAGUGUAUUUUGUAGUGAUUAUUAAAAGUAAUGUAUAACACAACAAAUACAGAUGUAAGGAUCAAAGACAAUGGGGGACAUUUACUAAUCUAGUCUAUUCUGGGUAUGCUUAUAGACCAGCGUAUGUGGUAGUCUCCUGUCUAUUGUGCUCCUAAUUUAUCAAAGGUCUCACAGCCCUUGAUAAAUUCUGUGCUCAGACUUCAGGGUCUACAGCUUAAACUGCAUUUAGACCUGCUCCAACAUGGUCUGACAUAUCAGCGUAUUUUGGGCAGAUGCACAAAAGUCGCACUUGAUAAAUUCAGCACCAAUGCAUUUUCCAUUGCAUUUCCGUCUAAAAUAGACUUCCAUGCAUCAUGUUCUAAAAAUCCUCUACAGCAAAAGUCGCAGAAAAGUUGCACAUAUUUAGACUGUGACUUUCUGUGCGACAAAUUUAGGCAGGAAAAAACAGUCUAAAUCGUUUGAUAAAUCUCCCCCAAUGUCCUCUCUAGUGUCUAGUGCAUACUCACUGAAUCAGGGGGAUUAAAUGGGAUUCCC